UAUCCAAUUUUAAAGCAUUAAAAAAGAUAAAAACAUUUCUUACCUUUCACGAGAUGUCUUUCUAACCUUGUUUGAAUGCUUGGGGUUCUCUGCUCUGUUUCGUUUUUUUUGUAUAAAUGAAGAGAAUCGGGAGUCACAUGUUGCGCUAUGCUUUAAACUAUUCCUACUACAAUUCUUUUCUUCGAUCCUUCUUAGCUUGAAGUUGGGGUCUUAGCUGCUUCUUUUUAGGUUUCUGGGUAAUUUGUUAAUAAAGUUGCAACCUAUAUAAUAUUAUUAUUAUUCUAAUGGGGUCUUAAUGAUUUUUACUGUGUUGGGAAUAUUCAAUUCAAUACAUUUUUUUGGUUGUCCUUUCUGGGUUUUGGAUAAUGUUCAUUGGUAUUCUUGGAGAACGUCUUUGAUCCUUGUCUCAGUUUCGCUACCAUCUUUAAUUUAAUUCUACAGAAAUAUUUGGUUUUUUUUUUUUUUUUUGAAGUUUUCAUUGAAAGAAAAAUGAAGGGUUCUACUCUGUUUCAAGUAUUAGCUAUUUUAUCCGUAAUUGGGAGUGUUUUGAGCAAGGAGUGUACCAACACUCCAACUCAACUUUCAUCGCAUACUUUUCGUUACCAACUGUUGAAAUCACAAAACGAGACAUGGAAACAAGAGAUGUUUGCUCAUUACCACUUGAUCCCAACUGAUGACUCCGCUUGGUCUGAUUUAUUACCAAGGAAAAUCUUAAGACAAGAGGCUGAUGAACUGAGUUGGUCAAUGAUGUAUAAGAAAAUGAAGAAUCCUGGUAGUUUCAAGGUGGGUGGAGAUUUCUUGAAGGAGAUAUCACUGCAUGACGUUAGAUUGGAUUCAGAUUCGAUUCAAGGAAGAGCACAAGAGACCAACUUGAAGUAUUUAUUGAUGCUGGAUGUGGAUAAUUUGGUUUGGAGUUUUAGGAAAACUGCAAAUUUGCCAACGCCUGGGAAGCCAUAUGGAGGGUGGGAAGCCCCGGAUGUUGAGCUCCGUGGUCAUUUUGUAGGGCAUUACUUGAGUGCAACAGCUCAGAUGUGGGCUAGCACUCACAAUGACACUCUCAAAGAGAAGAUGUCAGCCGUUGUGUCUGCGCUAUCUUCCUGUCAGAAGAAAAUGGGCACAGGAUAUCUUUCUGCAUUUCCAUCGGAACUUUUUGAUCGCUUCGAAGCAAUAAAACCUGUCUGGGCUCCAUACUACACAAUUCACAAGAUCUUGGCAGGUCUCUUAGAUCAAUAUACAUUUGCUAAUGAUGCCCAAGCUUUAGAUAUGACAACAUGGAUGGUCGAAUACUUCUAUAAUCGUGUUCAGAAUGUGAUAAGAACGCACACUGUGGAGAGACAUUGGUUGUCACUUAAUGAAGAAACUGGUGGUAUGAAUGAUGUCCUCUACAGGUUGUUUGCCAUAACGGGGAAUCCAAAGCAUUUGUUGUUGGCUCACCUUUUCGACAAACCCUGUUUUCUAGGAUUGCUUGCAGUUCAGGCUGAUGAUAUAUCGGGGUUCCAUGCCAAUACACACAUUCCUAUUGUUAUUGGAUCUCAAAUGCGGUAUGAAGUGACCGGUGAUCCACUUUACAAGACAAUAUCAACAUUCUUUAUGGACAUUGUUAAUUCUUCUCAUAGCUAUGCAACAGGAGGAACAUCAGUCAGCGAGUUCUGGUCAGAUCCAAAACGACUGGCAAGCACAUUACAGACUGAGAAUGAAGAAUCAUGCACAACUUAUAACAUGCUCAAGGUCUCUCGCCACCUAUUUAGAUGGACAAAAGAAGUGGCAUAUGCAGAUUACUAUGAACGGGCCCUCACAAAUGGUGUACUAGGCAUCCAAAGGGGCACAGAGCCUGGAGUGAUGAUUUACAUGCUACCACAAGGUCGUGGAGUCUCAAAGGCUGUAAGCUACCACAAGUGGGGAACACCAUUUAAUUCAUUUUGGUGCUGCUAUGGUACAGGAAUUGAAUCGUUUUCCAAGUUAGGAGAUUCUAUAUAUUUCGAAGAGGAAGGGAGCAUCCCUAGUCUUUACAUUAUCCAAUAUGUAUCAAGUACUUUAGAUUGGAAAUCCGGAAAAAUUGUGCUCAACCAGAAAGUUAUUCCUGUUGUUUCUUCAGAUCCAUACCUUCGUGUGACGUUGACUGCCUCUUCAAAAGAGGGAUCGGAGCAAUUAUCUACUUUGAAUUUGAGGAUACCAAUCUGGACCUCGUCAAAAGGUGCCAAGGCAACACUAAAUGCUCAGAAUCUCGACCUACCAGCUCCUGGUAGCUUCUUACAGGUGAAAUGGAGUGGUGGGGAUAAACUGACACUUAAUUUGCCAAUUAGUAUAAGAACUGAGCAAAUUAAAGAUGACCGACCUGAGUAUGCAUCUGUGCGGGCAAUACUUUAUGGCCCAUACCUGCUCAGCGGUUAUAGCAAUGGUGACUGGAACAUAAAAACCGGCUCAACAGGUUCAGAUGCGGACUGGAUUUCUCCAGUUCCUGCUGCUUAUAACAAUCAUCUUGUUACUUUUUCCCAAGAGUCUGGUGAAUCAACUUUUGUCUUAACAAACAUGAACCAAACUAUCCGAAUGGAGAAGUUCCCUAAAGCUGGAACUGAUGCUGCUAUUCGUGCCACAUUCAGGCUCAUCUUUGAUGACACCUUGGAAAAAAUUUCAAGCAUUGAAGAAGCCAUUGGUAAAACGGUCAUGCUUGAGUCGUUUGACUAUCCAGGAAUGGUUUUAGUGCAGCAAGGAACGGAAAAUAAUCUUGUGGUAACUGAUCCUCCCAAGGAUACUGCAACUUCUAGUUUUGGCAUAGUUCAUGGAUUGGAUGGAAAGGACAAUAGUGUGUCAUUGGAGUCGGUAACCCAAAAGGGAUGCUACAUUUAUAGCGGUGUAAACUAUAGUUCUAGUGUUGGCAUGAAGCUCAGCUGCAAUUCAUCCUCAUCAUCAUCUGAGGCCGGAUUCAGUCAGGCAACCAGCUUUACAAUGAACAACGGAUUAAGUGCAUACCAUCCAAUCAGCUUUGUUGCAAAAGGGGGAAGUAGGAAUUACCUUAUGGUACCAUUGCAGAGCGUCAGAGAUGAAUCUUACAGCGUAUAUUACAAUAUGCAACCAUAGGUGUAAUCAGGUUCAGGUGCAGAUGCGGUAAUGUUGAUUUUGAUUAGAGGCUUUGAACCUGGUACUGGUCUUACCAGUCAGUGUAUGCUGUUGGUUGGGAUUGUAUUUGUAUUGAUUUAGAUUACUUGGGAGUUACGAGGUGAUUGUCUUACAAAUAAAUUCAAACAUAAAAAAUAUUAUUUGUUUGCAUGGAA